AUGUCGAAGGCUAGAGUAUUUGUGAUCGGCGCUAGUGGCAACUGUGGCAAACCCACAGUCAAUGCACUUUCAAAAAACUACGGAGAAAAGCUUGAUAUCGUAGCGGGCGUACGCAAACCCGAAAAUGUGCCCGAAUUUCAAUCCCUACGUGGCGUCACGGUCGUUCGUGCCGAGAUGGGCAAACGAGACGAGCUUGUUGGAAUCUUCAAAGAUGUCGACGUGCUUUUUAUCAUAGUGCCAAGGUCUCAUGCUCGCGCAGAGAUAGCCUGUGCGACGGCCGAAGCGGCGAAGCUGGCCGGUGUAAAGCAUAUCAUGACAGUUAGCACGGGCGUCGCCGUCGGUCCGGAUAAAAUAAUCGGUAAACAGUUUCACGAUAUCGAGAAUGCGAUAUCCAAUCUUGGUCCAGAUUAUACCAUCCUUCGCCUGCCCUAUUUCAUGGAGAAUUUUGGUUAUUUUAGAGAAACUAUACAAGUAAGUAUUGACGUAUUGAGUAUUGCUGCCGCUAAGCACCUCAUUAAUCUCGCCUGCUACACGUUACGUAAAAUCUCACAGCUUAUCAACAAGAUGUGUUCGCACUGCUUGUUCCCAGUUGUUGACAAGUCUAGAACAAGUUGUUAUCAUCUUGGAACAAGCCACAAGGUUGACAAGGCCAACAGACUCGCAACAAAUUGUUCCAACAAGUCUGACAUCGUCUGCACGCAACAAGCUGAUCAACAAGUCGAUGGCAACAAGCUCGUAGCAUUGUAGCAACUUGUUAUGCACAGCCUGUAUUAGUCUUGUCGGAACAAGUUGUAGCAAGUCGAUCUGUUACCGUCAUCAACCUUGUGACAAGGUGAUAACAACUUGCCAGUGGCGUGCUGGGUACUAUUUUUCUGGGGGGGGCAGUCGGCUGGCAACCAAUAUGCGCCCCUAUAAUAUUACGCUUGAUAAACGAGGGCCGAAGGCACGAGCCGAGCGCCACAGGUGCGAGGUUUGUCUAGGGGAGUCCGGGGGCAUGCUCCCCAGGAAAAUUUUUGAAUUUAGAGUCUCUGAAAAAGCCAUUCCCUGGACUUUGGGGGAAGAUUUGACAGAAAUCUGAUGGUUAGGAAACGGCAUUACAACGUGUCGAAAUUUGCAAAUUGGUUAGAAUUUAGUUGUAGUACUUAAAUUGGGCAAUGCUAACUACUUCCAGCAAUUAAUCUAAUCCCAAUUCUAUUCUCUACUGAUCUGAAUACAUUGACAACUUGCAGCUCUUUUAUACAAUAACACACAGACCCCACGCAUAUGCUUUUUAAGGUUUUCUUGCUUGUCUGCCAAAAGGGCGCGUUUCAGCAUUAUAUCUCGUUACUUACAUUACUCAUGAUGUUUCUUGCGCAAACAACUAAAUUGCGUACACAACUUUACAUUAUCAUAACUUCAACUCUCUAAUUUGCGUCGCUCUCGUCAUCGUGAUUCGUGAAGCAUAAUAAAGGGCAUAAUACCAGCAAAAAAGGGCAUAAUUCCCAUGAUCGCUUAUUCGCUUCGAAACCUGAUCAAUAUUCCGGUAAUGAGACAUUGCGUGUGAUCACUAAUCAUGUUUCUAUAUGAACGAGUGAUUUCGUGUGAAUCGUGAGGUAGCAAAUACGGUUGGACAAAACAGUCUGCAACUGAUUUAAUAUACUCAUUUUGUCGCCUAUGCGCUUAGUCUGUUUAUAAGUCUAUAAACACAUAGAUAGAUAGAUAGAUAGAUAGAUAGAUAGAUAGAUAGAUAGAUAGAUAGAUAGACAUCUUUCCUUGGCGGAAUUAGUAACUAUAUUUUUUCGAAUGCGUUUCUUCCCACCCACUUUCAAAAUUCGGCGCGGGAUCGGCGCCCCCUUUUCAUUUUUGCGCCCCCCAAAAAUUGCCAGCUGGGGGGGCCGUGGCCCCCGGGCCCCCCUGCCAGCACGCCACUGCAACUUGCUCCAGACUUGUCACGACAACUGGGAACAAGCAGUGCGAACACAUCCUGCUUCGCUUGGAAAAAAACCUUGUUACAACGUGUGUGCAGAUAUGUAACAACUUGCGCGUUUUUACGCGUGUACUCGUGCUAUGUAUAGCCGGAAAAAAGUGGAUUUGAACUGUUCGAUGUCUUAAAAUAUAGAGUGACAAUUUUUUAUAGAUUUUUAUUUUGAUGUUUCAUUCUUGAAAUCAGGGGCGCCGGAGCCACGGAGGCAGCGGGGGCAACUGCCCCCGUUGCCCAAACAUUGCGGGGGCAGCACGGGGGCAACAUGUUGCCCUUUUUGCCAGAACUGCCCCUCGAAAUAUGUGCAUUAUUCACUGAAAUUGGAGUUUAGAACUAUUUUUAAGCAAUGUUUAAAAAUGCGGUACAGUCCGUAUGUAAACAAAGGAUUUGUUUACAUUUCGGUAUCGAAAAUAUAGAAUUUUAUUCGACAACUAUUUAUAUUCUCAUGAUUCUAGAAUAUAAUAAAUUAUCAAGACACCGCAAUCAAGCUUUGCAAGAAUAUAAAAUGAAAUAAAAACCUAAAUAAACUGUUUGUAUAAUAAAAAGAGAACCCCCUUGUGCCCAUACGCAGAUCGGACUGUACAGCAUAUCUUUAAGCAAUCUUUGCUUAAUUUUUAACCAGUUGUAGUAAAAUUAAUGCUAUUUACAGGGGCGUAGGAAGCAUCAAAAAGUUAGGGGGGGGGGGACCGUUUCGAGGGGCACUUUUGGAAUGAAAAUGGCACCUAAAAAUGUUUCCCGUAAAUGUCGCCGACGGGGAAAGGGGGUGGGGGGAGGAAAAAUAAAUGCAAUCAUAUUGAAAUCAAAGGCCGUUGAGGCCGACUCACAGAUGAAAUCAAAUGAAAGUGACAGAAAGAAUUAAAGCAGUUUGUAGUUGUUUUUGCAAACGAUCAUCGUGUAAAUUUUGCCAUUUGCCGUGCUCCAGCCCGAUUUUCUGUUCUGAAAGCCCCAAUUCACAGGCAAUUAGAGUGCGCGCCAAGCAGUCAUUUCUCAUUGUUUAAUUAACUGCAAACCCUGAGUAUCACUUGACUGCUCCACAUUCAGGACUCACAGAUGUUGCCGUGCAACACCCGUGAGUUAAAAAUGCAAUCUGAACAAAAAAUUUUCACGAAGGCAAAGGGCACUUUGCCACUGGAAAAAGCGCACUUUUUAGGUUUUCUGAAAACUUGGGGGGCUUGGUCCCUUGCCCCCCCCCCCCCCCCAGAUGCUAAAUCAAGCAAUAUACGUCCGUUUACCGAUUUUAUUUUGCGCUAGUUUAGCACGGUGCAACGAAUAAAAUUGUUCAAAUUAAUGUCGAAGUUUGCGACCCAUAAUAGCCAGAAGUAAUCGAGUAUCCAUACAGUAAAGUUUUAACAAAUGUUGCUGCCCAGAAAAAUGAUGGCUAAAAAGCAAGUGCCCUUUUGAAAUGGCUGCCCCCGCCGCUUCACAUUGCUUCCGGCGCCCCUGCUUGAAACAUUUCUUUAAGAAAGGAAUACAACCAACUUGACGUCAUAUUGACGUCAUAUGCAUCUAAUGAGAGUUUCAUGUCUUCAAAAGAUUUAGCAACCGGGGGGGGGGCUGUUAGCACCUCCAAUAUUUGUUCUUGAGUAUUUUCAGGUAAAUUUCUAGGUAGUUGAAGUUGAUUUUCAGAUAAAGUAAAACAGCAACGACAAUUAAGCAAAAGUUAAAAGGAAAAGCAAGCUAAGAAUGACAAAUUUUAUUUGCCUUUCCGAGAGUCUAAAUCCUUAAAAUUUUCUCGGCGGCAGCAUUGGCCCGAACCUCCCUAAAGUAGCAGGUAACGUAAAAACUAUAAUCUCCAAAGGUCUAUUCCAGUGUAGUAAGCUAUCGUUGGUAGGCAUGCAUCUACCUGAAAAAUGCAUGGAGAAAUUCGGCGUUUCGGGCGAAGAACCAUAGUAAUUGGCGGUCAUGGUCGUUGACCAAUCAAGGACCGUGAGGCAAAAUAAAUGGAGUUGUUUUUCUUGAUAUAUGUAAAGCAUUUGACUCGGUGAAUCACGAGAUAUUAUUGAAGAAGCUUAAAACCCGGUUUGGAAUUCACGACAUUGAGUUAAAAUGGUUCCAAUCAUACUUAAGGAAUAGAAAGCAAGUGUGUUCUGUUAAUGAUCAAACUUCUUCUGCAAGAACAAUAAUAUGCGGAAUUCCGCAAGGAUCCAUACUUGGUCCAUUAUUGUUUUUGUUAUAUAUUAAUGAUAUGCCUGAUAUUUUAGAAAGGACAACCCCAUGUCUUUAUGCCGACGACACUCAGAUAUCUUCCUCUUCGCAUGAUUACGAUACAUUGAUUGACAAUUUGAAUAUGGACCUUUCCAGUAUUCAUAAAUGGCUUGCUAAAAACAAACUAAAAUAUCAUAGGAAAAAAACAAAAGUCAUGUUUAUUGGAUCUACGCAUAAUCUAAAUCAUAAAAUAGGAAAUAGACCCGUUGAGAUUAACAAAAUCCCAGUCCCACAAACCAAUACAUUUAAAUGUCUAGGUGUAAAUCUAGAUGAAAAAUUAAGUUGGGAGAAACAUAUUGAUUCUGUAUGCCAUAAGAUUAGCGCUGGAAUAGGAGCAAUUAAAAGAAUAAAACCUUAUGUUCCACACAAAACCUUACAUGAUGUCUACAAAACAUUAAUUCAGCCUCAUUUUGAUUACUGUUCUCCCCUGUGGGAUAACUGUGGUUUGGGACUUCAAGACAAAUUGCAAAAAUUCCAAAAUCGAGCAGCAAGGGUGAUUACCGGAGCUGACUACGAUGUAAGAUCGUCUGAAGUCCUAAACAAAUUAGGCUGGGAAACCCUGGCUAGGAGACGAGAACAAAACAAGCUAGUAUUGAUGUAUAAAGUCUUGGGGAACCACACUGCGCCAAACCUUAAAGAUCUUUUUCUCGGAGAAAUGCAUCGCAGAAUAUUUAUGAUUUACGCAAUAGCGAAACUGAUCUCUCGUUAAAAAAACCGAAAACGGAAUUUCUAAAGAAAACAUUUGGAUACAGUGGAGCAAUUCUAUGGAAUAGUCUCCCGCAAGAUGUCAAGGCGGCUGAGUCAAUUACGUCAUUUAAAACAAUGGCGAAAUUGCAUUUAAGCAGAUGAUAAGCUAAUUUCUCCAGGACCAAAUGAUGGGAGGACAAUAUAGAUUGUGGGCGGGAGGGGGGUUAGUUUUGCGUGAGGGUGGGUGGGUACUUGUUUAGGGGGUGGAGGUUUGGGAGGAAGAUGAUAAAAUUUUAGGGUGGGAUUCUUACAUACUUUGUUUUAUAUAUAAUUAACAUUUAGCUCUUUGUGUGUAUACGCCCUUCGUGGAAACCAGUUGUAAAUAAUUGUCGAAGUUAGCGUAUUGAAAUAAAGUUUUACAUACAUACAUACAUACAUACAUCCCCGCAAUGACGUCACAUGAAUUGAAAAUUUUAGUGUCCAAAUUUGAAAUUUGCCGUAGCCUAUAGAACGUGUGGUCGAAGUGCAAAUUUUGCCGAGAUUUAGUGAGAUUAAUAUACAGUCCACUCAUAUCAAUCCUCAUCAAUGAGCAACUCUUGUUCUCAUUUCACGAUAAAAAUGGCAGCCACAAAUUGAAAGCUAAGAUUAGAAUGUACACGCUGAAUAUUAAUAAGGAGGAAAGGUCCUAACUUAUUUCGAUAUAUAAUCGACAAAGUUUUUGAUUUGUUGGUAGAAUUUCGAGAUUAUAAGAUGGUUUGAGGCGCAAGAAAAAUAUGGGUGACUUAAGCAUAAUUAGAACCAUUUUAACUUACAAUUCGAGCCUUAUUUCGCUACAAAUAAGUCAAGAUAAAACAGAACAAAACGCGUGGGAAAACAUUUGACUGAGCCCACAAUGCUAUGCAAUGAAUACUCAGUGGUAUGUCAAUUUUCUGUGCAAUUUCUGGUCGUGGACGGGUGGGGGUCCUUGUCGUUCCUUGUCGCCUCCAAUUUGGGUUUUCGACAACAUCCAACACCACGUUGGCAAAACAAAUUUUAGUAAUAUUGACGCGUGCGCAGACAUUUUUCCGCGGUGUCUAUACUGAGCGGUCAAUAAUAAAAUGGGUAAAGUGCGUAUGCACGGGCGUCAACCGUGAAGUUCCAAAGUUCAAUUUAUUAAACUUUUUUAUUAAACAUUUACGGCGUUCCAUUUAUCUAAUUUUGGUUUAAAAGUUUAUCUAGUUUUGGUUUUACUCCAAUAAUCGGUGAGUUAUUCAUACUUUCAUACUUAUAUACCAUAUAACAAAACACUUAUUUACUGAGACCUCGGGAAAGCAGUGUGUUUUGUGGCCCCUCGACCGCCGUUGUUACACUCGGCUUCGCCUCGGGAAACAACGACAGUUUCGGGUCCACAAAACACACUGUUUCCCUCGCCGGUCUCAGUAAAUAAGUGAUAAAUUUUCACUGAGCCGAAGGCGAAGUAAAUAUAGGCUCGUAAUCACCAAGCCCGAGGCGAGUCAGGCGACUAAUUGUUUUAGUAUAAUUUCAGUAUUGAAAAAGUUUUAUUUAUUAAUACAACUAAUACACGUGUUAAUUUUAUGAAUAUAAUUUGCAUAAAUAAUUUGCUUCCAUCUGAUUUUCAGACAUUUUUUUGGGAAAAGCAAUAGUUACUGCUCAGAGCCACUAGUAACUAUUGCCUCAUAGUAACCGCUGAGGGAGCCAAUCAGAAUGCUCAAAGGCCAUUUUUUCAAUAAUGAGAUUAUACUAAUUAUUAUUAUUACAGAAAUCGUCAGUGUUUUAUGACGCAAUAGACCCCAGCAAACGUUUCCCUGUCAUCUGCGUGGAGGAUGUCGCGGCAGUUGCAUCGGUAAUAAUGUCCUCUCCUGAAAAGCACGCGGGCAAGACGUACAACAUGGUCAGCGACAGAUGCUGCUACAACGACAUGGUAAAAACGUUUCGCAAAGUUAUUGGGAAAGAUAUCAAGUACAUCCAGCAAUCGUACGAAGAAGUCAGGGCGGCGAUGUUCCAGCUGGGUUUGCCCGAGUGGAAUGUGAAUGGUGGUUUGGAGUUUACGAAAGAAGCAAAUGCAGGCGAGCACGAAAAAGGCGAUGAUGACGAUAUCAAGGCCAUCACGGGCGAACAGCCAACAAAUAUCGAAGCAUGGUUCCAACGACAUGCUAGCAUGUUUAAGUAAAUACAAAGUUUGUGGUUUGAGCGCAGCUAUCCAGGAGUCUCGAUCAUCUGCGUCAGAUCUGCAUGCUCUUUGUUAACGUAUAUAAAACUCAAUUUGUGUUCAUAUGAGAAACGAGGCAGCCCAGCUUGGCGAGAUCUCACUUUGCGCUAGGUGCCAUCUCAGUCAAGCAGGGCACUUUUUAAGAAAUUACAAUUACAGGGGCUAAGUCUCAAUUAAGGUCUUUUCUUUGCACAGUUAGGGCCGCAGCUAGACCGAUAUUAGAGAGUUUGGCAAAUACAAGGGAAACGGCAACGGCAAUAUGGUCAUCAACAAUAGCAUUGAUCCUCAAAGACAAAGGCGAAUGUAAAUUACAUGGUCUUAAGCGUUGUGCAAUGCCGUAGUUGUUGAACCUAGUACGUGAUUUGCAUCAUUUUCACGGUGCAUGACUACGGCAACAGUUAAUUCGUUCGAUAUUACUUGAGGUGUUUUAUUUGAAUUCACGGACUAUUUUUACUUAAGGAUAC